AAGUCAGCGAGGAAGAUUUGAAGAGUCAAGGAUUGAAUCGGUUCUUGAAGGAGCAGAGAGACAAGAUCAACAACAUUUUCAGUGGAGAAAUUAAUGGGAAAGCUAAAAUUGUGCUCUCUGGACCUUCCAACAGUACAAGCUCAAUGGUGGCGGCAAUUUGCUAUGCUUGGUUGUUGGAAAAUAGGAUGAGGGCUAAUGAGCAAGAAGGAGGAGAAGCGAAUACAACACAGGUGGUGGUUCCUGUGAUGAAUAUGACUAGAAGAAAGAUGUUGAAGCAGCGGCAAGCGGCAUGGCUUUUUCACCUUGUUGGUGUUGAUGUCAAAUCUCUGAUGUUUUCUGAUGAGGUUGAUUUGGAAACAUUACUAUUGGCUAAGCAGCUAAGCAUCCUUGUAGUUGGUGAAGACAUACUCAAAACUAAUGGAGAGGCUGUAUCAGGAUGCACUGUUCUAACGGACAAUUACUGUGAGGAUGCUUAUGACCUACUUCAGACACCUAUCUUGAAAAAGCUUCUGCUUGCAGGCAUACUUUUAGACACACAAAACUUAAGUGCAUCAUCUAAGGUGUCAAUGACAAGAGAUGUAGAAGCAGUUCAGCUGCUUUCAGUUGGCUCCACCCCUAAUUACAGAAAUACCUUUUUUGACCAAUUGAUGCGAGAUGCGAAGGAUGAUAGUUUCUUUGACGCUAUGAGGCAGAGUUAUGGAAAUUCAUGCAUUGAGACCAGCCAUAAGUAUAGAGACGAACACCUCUUGGAGAAGAAUUCCGUUCCUCAAGAAAAUACACCAAGUUCAGAUAAGAUUUCUAAAGAUCAGAAGAAUGGGAAGACAAAUAGAGUGUCACCAAACACAGGUAAAACUACAAAUUCACGUGUACAUGCUCCUCCAAUAUUACCAGCAAAACCAGUGGAUGCUUCUCGGGGCAAGAACAAAACCUUCUUCUUAGCAAAGUGGUUUGGAUUGGGGAAGUGAGUUAUAAAAUCUGCUAAAGUAUGAGUAAUUUCGAUCAUCCAAUGCUCAAAUUUAGUCAGAGAACAGUCAGGCUGAUAGAAAGUGGAUUUUGGGCUACAUUUUUUUUUUUUUUCUUUUCGAAAACCUACAAAAUUAAUAGGGAAUUUUCUAAAUGUUUGGAGAGCUGUUUUGGUUGUUGGUCUUAUUCAAUUAAAUUUUUAUGUGUCUGAGCCAGGCUGUUGCACAUGCAUUAUCAGUAAUGUUUAAUCUAUCUUCUUGUAUCACAAUCUUUAUAUUAUCUUUCAGCUCAUAGUUAUGCACAUAAAAACUCCUGCAUAACUAAUGUGAUUAAUUCAUGAAUCGAACGACCCUUCUUAUGCUCAAUUCUCCACUUCAUAAAUGCUGAAUACACCAGUAAAAAAAGGCAAAAAUCGCACAACAAUUAGACAAACACAUACACAUCCUAGGCUACUGUUAAGUAUACUACAUAGCGGUUUCGCUUCGUUAAUAUUAUCUAUGCGGAAACUGAUGAGAUUGAUGGUUACUGCUGGUUAACAUGGAUUUUUUUCAGUUAUCGUAUCCCAUGAAAAAACUGGAUCUUUAUGUUACCUAUCUCUUUCCCUGAAUAUCCUUGAUCUUCAAGAAUAUUUUCUUCCUUGAAUCACAGCGAGUUCCCUUAAUUCCAACUUCCAACUCAACAUCUUUGUUCAGAUUUGUUUAACUUGAAUUUAGCUCUUGAGUGUUCAUUUAUUUCAUUCUUCUUAAGUAACAGUUAUGUCAAAAAUGUCUAUCCAGCCAUAAAUAAUAGAAUGCCAUAAGUCAAAACAUUUUUUUGAUUAAAUUUUCUUGACCAAACUUUCGUGAAUCUGUCAUCAAUCAAAACUUAGCAAUGGGCUAACCUUAAAAUAGGAUUGUGGCCAGACUGUACAAAAGCAUCGACGUAAAGUCUCCAGCACAUCUUUUCACUUGUUUUAUUGGCCUGAACCAACGAAUUUCUGGUAGAACUCCAAAGUAUUAAAUCUCCCAUCCCUUUAUCAUUUUUUUUUUUUGUCUUUUCUUGAAAGGUUUCUCAUUUUGAAAAGAUGAUAAAUUAAAGAUCAUCAAAUCAUUGAGCAAUAAAUUUUGUAAAGGAGGAGAAGACUAUAUUUUACUCCUCAUCUAGAAUAUUAAAAGAGUGACUUUGAAGUCUUAUGAUGAGAGGGCUUCUAAUCCCUAAGAAUCAGGAGAUGGGUACUACUUUUUUGCAAUAUAACAUAGUUAAGAUGUUCGUCAUUUUCUGUAUUAUUAGAGGCGGAUUUAGCCUAUAGGGGUUCACAUGAACUCAGUAGCUUUUAUCCAGAUCUUCAAUGUGUUAAGAAAUCCACUAGGUAUUAAUAAAUAUUUGACCAUGAACUCGGUUAUAUAUUAACUGGAGGUCGUUAUAGAAAUUAAUAAACUUCAAAACUAUCUGUAAGGAUUAAGGAAUUUGCUAUGCUGUUGUCAUCAUAAUAGUUCAAAGUAUGCAA